UUUUCCUUUUCCUCGCACCCAAAGUGUCUAUGAAUUUCAUUCUCCUGUGAACCCAAGUUCUCAAGAGUUUCUUGUCCAGAAGAGGUCUGGUUGUUCCCACAAUUUCCGUGAAUUCCAUCCUGAGUUGUAUGAUCCCCAAUGUCUGGGUAAUUCCUGAGAAGUACUGACUGAAUUCCAGGGAAUAGAAGAACAAAGAGGCUGUUUGAUUUGGUGGUUAGAUGCAAUCUUCCUUUAUGAAACCAUUAAAAUAUCUUUUGUUUUAGCUUGUAAUUUGGUUGACGUAAAGCCUUCUCAUUUCCCUUUUUCUUAUAGUAUUAAAAGAGGGCUAGCAUCAGAAAGCUACAAUGCCAGCUCAAAAGGCUUCAUCUUCACAUACUCUGAGUCAUCUUCCCUUUUUCUCAUUUCCCUUUUUAUUAUGUCCCACCAUAUUUAACCAGAUAAACCUUUCUUUUGAUCUCUUGGAAAAUUGAACAAAAGAAGAAUAGGUCCUUGCAUAGCCUUACAAAAAAGACCGAACAUACCCCGUCAUCUCAGACUAUUUUUUAUUAGAAUUUAUUUUUUCCUGAAGCUCAGGUCUGUGCCUUUAUUCUUGUUUAUGAGCAACGGAUGAGUCAUCAACCAGAAGUUGAAGAUUCACCCACCAUUUUUGUCCCUUUAAAUACACCUGCAUUGUACAGGGUUGAUCAACUCAAAGGGUUUUUGCAAUCUCUGGAAAGUUGAGCAUUCUAGACCACUUGUUGCAGACUGAAUUGCAGCACUUUCAGAAAUAUGAAGAGCCAACUCCAAGAACAUGUUAUCGGAAUCCCAGUCAGCUGCCAAUAUGAUAAGCCAUCUCUUUCAAAUGGCCCUGGGGCAAUCAUCCAAAAAAAAUGGGAUUCCACAAAUUACAGGAUAAAAAAAAACAGGAAGAAGGCAGACAAUUUUGUGGAUGGAGUCCGAGAGCAUGUGAGAUUAGGGCCUAAGUUCUCUGAAACGGUGAAGGGAAAGUUGAGCUUGGGGGCUAGGAUUCUUCAAGUUGGAGGAGUGAAGAGAGUUUUCAAGCAAAUUUUUGGUGUUGAAGGAGAGAAGCUGUUGAAGGCUUCCCAAUGCUACUUAUCAACAACAGGAGGCCCUAUAGCUGGUCUCCUCUUUAUCUCUUCUCAGAGGAUUGCCUUUUGCAGUGAUAGAUCAAUCAAAUUCUCUUCUCCAAAUGGUGAAUUGAUUAGGAUCCAUUACAAGGUCUCUAUCCCACUGAGAAAGAUAAAAAGAGCCAACCAAAGCGAGAAUGUGAAAAAUCCAUCUCAGAAGUACAUGGAAAUCGUUACUGUGGAUAACUUUGACUUCUGGUUUAUGGGAUUCUUGAAUUAUCAGAAAGCUUUCAGCUACCUCCAACAGGCACUCUGUGAAGCGCAGAAUCUGGUUGAGAAGUGAUUCAAAGUUUCUUCCCCCAACUUCUACAAAUGUAUUUACAUGAAUCUGAUAAGGAUCUGUACAGUCAGAGGCUUUGUACAAAUUUUUUGCUAAUGAGAAAUUGAUCUCCAAUUUUUCAACCA